AUGUUCGCUCUGAUUUGCCUUCUUGUAUCCUUUUCCAAUUCGUUUGACUUUGAUAAUUGGGUAUCUAAAUUUGAUAAACACUUCUCUGCUAUCGAGUCAUUACGAAGACGAGCCAUUUUCGUUCAAAAUGCUAGAUUCGUUGAUGAAUUCAACAAACAUAACACGUUUAAGCUUGAUGUUGAUGGACCCUUUGCUGCUCAUACUCACGAGGAAUAUCUCAAAACUUUGAAACGCAGUCAUCAAGAUUCGGAAGAAGAAGAAGACAAUUCAGUCUCAACACAAAAAGAGUCUCUUAAAUCCUUCCCAGAAACCUUGGAUCUUAGAACACUCGGCAAAGUAACAAAAAUUCGAGACCAAAAUCCAUGUGGUGGGUGUUAUUCAUUUGGUGCGCUCGCCUCACUUGAAGGGCGAUUGUUAUUCAUAAAAGGUGAUCCAAAAACAUUGGACUUAUCAGAGGAACAGGCCAUUCGCUGUUCAGAAAACAAUGGAUGCAAUGGUGGAUUUGGGUAUAAAGUUUAUGAUUAUAUAAAAGAAAAUGGUAUUGUCCAAGAAAAAGACUAUCCUUUCACUGCUACUGAUGGUGAAUGUAAGGUCGAUUUAUCAAAGAAGUUUGCGACUGUUUCUGGAUACACCAAAGUUGCCAAAAGGAACAAUGAUGCUCUUAAAAGUGCACUAGUUGAUGGUGUCGUUGAUGUAGCUAUCGACGCAUCAUCAGUCAAAUUCCAAUUGUACAAAACUGGUGUUUAUCACGACACAAAAUGCUCAUCAGCAAUUAAUAGAUUGAACCACGAAAUUUCAGCAGUUGGAUAUGGAAAUUUGAACGGAGAAGAAUAUUGGAUUGUGAGAAACUCAUGGGGAAGAAGCUGGGGAGAUAAAGGAUAUAUUCUUAUGGCUAUUGAAGGAAACACUUGUGGAGUUACUACAGACCCAGUCUAUCCAACUGGGGUGAAAUACAUUUAA